ACCAUGUCCAAGCAGAACGUCUUUUUCGAUAUCACCGUCGAUGGCAAGCCCCUCGGGCGCAUCGUCUUCAAGCUGUACGACGACGUCGUCCCGAAGACGGCGAGGAACUUCCGCGAGCUCUCCAUUAGGCAGAGCGAUCUCGGCUACAAGAACUGUCCCAUUCAUCGUAUCACCAACUACAUGGUCCAGGGCGGUGACAACAUCAACAAGGAUGGCACGGGCGGAAAGUCCAUCUAUGGUGGGAGAUUCGAGGACGAGAACUUCAGGGUCAGGCACACCAAGCCUGGCUUGCUCUCAAUGGCGAACGCCGGAAAGGACACCAAUAGCUCGCAGUUCUUCAUCACCACUGUCCCCGCUUCAUGGCUCGACGGUGCCCACGUUGUUUUCGGCGAAGUCGUUGAAGGCUACGACACCGUUGUGAAGGAGAUUGCCUCGUAUGCCACCGAUUCUGGUGUACCUAAAGAGACGAUCAUCAUUGUUAACAGUGGUGUCGUCUAA